AUGAUUCAACUAAAGACAUUACUGACCUGCAUCGACAACUCCGGUGCCUCGAUCGUCGAGUGCGUCAAUGUCUUAAAGAAGAAGCGGCCCGCGACAAUCGGGGACCGCAUCGUUGUCGUCGUCCAGAAGCAAAGAGCCGCCACGUCGGAAGGAUCCAGCGGUACCGCCCUCGCCAACAAGGUCCGUCGUGGAGAUAUUCGCCAUGCUGUUGUGGUCCGCGUGAAGAAGGAGUUGCAGCGGGCGGAUGGAACUGUCGUCCGGUUCGGAGACAAUGCCUGUGUCCUGGUGAACAAGUCUGGGGACCCUAUUGGGACGCGAAUGAACGGUGUCGUGGGCCAAGAACUGCGUGGCAAACAAUGGUCCAAGAUCUUGUCGUUGGCUCCUAUCAAUGUGUAA